AUGCAAGUGUGCAUUCGUGCUAGUGUUUUAGGGUUAAAUGCUUUCGAGAUGUCGAAGAACAAAAUCGCAGCUCGAAUCGACAGUCAAAAUGUUGAAGUAAAAACUAAGUUUGAUGCAGAAUUUCGCAGAUUUUCCUUAAGCAGAACAGAGAAACUUAAAUAUGAAGACUUCAAAGCCUUAAUAGAGAAACUUCACAGAUUACACGAUGUAGCCUUCCUGAUAAGCUAUACUGAUCCUAGAGAUGGUGAUUUAUUGCCAAUUAAUAAUGAUGAUAAUCUCGCUAGGGCCUUAUUGACAGCUAGGCCUUUGCUUAGGGUUAUUAUACAAAGGAAAGGUGACAGUCUCGAAGAACUCAACGGAUAUGGAACGAUGCGGCCUAGGAACAUAAUCUCGUCAAUACUCAGCGGUACACCAGCGAAGAAUAAGGGACUCGCUAUCUCAAAUCCUCACGAUUUUAGAAUGGUAUCGGCUAUCAUAGAUGUAGAUAUUGUGCCGGAAACGUGCAGAAGGGUGAAGCUACUCAAGCAUGGCUCAGACCGACCUUUAGGUUUCUUUAUAAGAGACGGUACAUCAGUACGAGUGACGCCCAAUGGUGUGGAGAGGUCUCCCGGGAUCUUUAUCUCGCGGCUAGUCCCCGGCGGUCUGGCGGAGUCCACGGGAUUGUUGGGCGUGAACGAUGAAGUCCUCGAGGUCAACGGGAUAGACGUGUCCAAUAAGACUCUUGAUCAGGUGACAGACAUGAUGGUGGCGAACUCGUCCAACCUGAUAAUAACAGUGCGGCCCGCCAACCAGCGCGCCGGCCCGCCGCCGCCCGACGCGCGCGCCUCGCAGCCGCCCAGCGAGCACGACGAGGACAGAUUCGACCAAGACGAGCAAGACGAGAUCGUGGACCUCACAGCAGUAACUCUCGAGGAGCAGGAGACCAGCUUCCCCCACAUCCCGAGCAAAGACGACGGGCAGAUACUGCACCUA